GAUGUGAAAUCAUACAGAUAUUAUGACCCCAGCACAUGUGGAUUCGAUUUUGCAGGUGCUAUGGAGGACAUUUCGAAAAUCCCAGAGGGCAGUGUCAUAGUUUUACAUGCCUGUGCUCACAAUCCAACAGGAGUGGAUCCAAGGCCAGAGCAAUGGAAAGAAAUGAGUUCCCUGAUAAAAAAGAAAAAUCUGUUCCCAUUCUUUGACAUGGCCUACCAAGGCUUUGCCAGUGGAGACACAACCAAAGACGCCUUCGCUCUGAGACAGUUUAUAGAAGAUGGACAUGAGGUUGCCCUUGCUCAAUCAUAUGCAAAGAACAUGGGGUUAUAUGGAGAGAGAGCUGGAGCCUUCACCAUUGUCUGUGGAUCUCAGGAGGAGGCUGCUAAGAAUAUGUCGCAGAUGAAGAUCAUCAUCAGGGGAAUGUACUCCAGCCCUCCCAUCCACGGAGCCAGGAUCGUCACCCGAGUCCUCACUAAUCCAGAUCUUAAAAAUUUAUGGCUCAAAGAAGUGAAGGGAAUGGCUGACCGAAUCAUCACCAUGAGGGAGGCACUGGUGGCUUCAUUGGCCAGGGAGGGAUCCAGCAAGAAUUGGCAGCACAUCACGGACCAGAUUGGCAUGUUCUGCUUCACUGGACUCAAGCCCGACCAGGUUGAGAGACUCACAAAAGAAUUCUCCAUUUACCUUACCAAGGAUGGAAGGAUUUCAGUAGCUGGCGUGUCAUCUCAUAAUGUUGAUUAUCUAGCCAAAGCUAUACAUGAAGUGACCAAAUAACUGAAGACUUGAUAUAAAGCAGACCUAAGUGAAAGAUCAAAGUCAUUCUUGUUAUACACCAUUAUGAUCAUAAACAGACAAUAUAAAACAUUUGGAGUAUCAUGUUGAAAGGUUGUUCCACCGUGUGCUUGUCACCCCUUAAGAUCUGACAGAAUAGUGCUAAAACAAUUACUGAAGUGUGAUGCAUAACCAUCCAGCUUUUAAUUAAAUUAUAGUGUACUGGUACACAGCUUUUUUAUGUUUUAAUAAAAUGUUUCUGUUUGCCUA